CGGGCCUAGCCGGAAGUGAACUGACGAGGGAGGGCGGUCCUGGGGUCCCCGCCCCCCUACCUACUCCCGGCUCGACGGAAAUAUGCAUAAGAAGAAGGCGCCCCCGGCACCCCCGGGGCGCGGCGCGGCCGCAGCCAGACAGCUGGGCCUUCUGGUGGACUUCUCCCCUGAUGGGAUGAUGCUUCCUGAAGAUGGGGACAAUGAUGCUGACCUUGAGGCAGAAUUCAUGGCCUUGGUAGGGGCUGAGCCACCUCGGGAACUCAAAAGCAAAGCUCCUUUGCCUAUGGAGACCAUUGAAAAGAUGGCCUCUCUGUGUAUGAAGGACCUCGAUGAAGGAGAAGGGGAAGAGGAGGAUGAGGAGGAUGUGGAAGAUGAUGAUGAACUGCUGGCGGAGCUCAAUGAAGUUCUCGGGGAAAGGGAGGAACCCCAAGAUACCCAGAACCUCCCCCUGGCCAAGUCACCAAGUCUUCCACAACUUAAGGUCAGCCCUAGCAGUGCUGGCAUGGAAACCACCCUAGCUGAAAGACUGGCCAUGUACCAGACUGCCAUCACUAAUGCCAAGCAGGUUGGGGACAGCUCCAAAGUCCGGAGAUAUGAACGAGGUGUCAAGACAUUGGAGAAUAUGCUGACCUCAGUUAAGAAGGGACGCAACAUCAAUGAAGAGGACAUCCCGCCUCCUGUGGCUGUGGGGAAGAGCCUGACAACCACCCCAGAGGUUCCACCCACUCAGAGUACUGCGUCUGCCCAACCCCCUCAACAUCAGCUACCAGCUGUUCCUCCCAAAACACUGCCGGUGCCCCCUAGUCAUGGCUCUGGGUUGACUGAAAAGCCAGUCCCUGUAGCCUCACCUGUGAGCUCAAGUAAGCCUGGUGCUGGCAGUCCUGGGUCCCUGGCCCUGUUGCAGGAGCGGCAGCGAGAGUACAAAAGGGCUGCAUUGCGCUCCAAGCAGGAGGGAGACUCAGAAGCAGCUGCUAAGUAUUACCGUGUAGCCAAGAGUUUUGAUGCUGUCUUGGAAGCAAUGGCAAAGGGUGAGGCUGUGGACCUAUCCCGGUUACCUCCACCACCUGACCAGAUGCCCAAGACCUUGCCAUCCCCAGGACUUCAGCCUCCCACUUCCACUUCUGGUACUGGCACUAUCUCCCCUUCCAUGCAAGAGAUGCCCCCCCCUCCACGGACCCUGCUAGAGGCCUUGGAACAGCGGAUGGAGCGUUACCGGGUGGCUGCAGGGCAGGCCAAGGACAAAGGGGAUGAUCGCAAGGCUCGGAUGCAUGAUCGCAUUGUCAAGCAAUAUCAAGAUGCCAUCCGAGCCCAUAAGUCAGGCAGAUCUGUGGAUGUGGCUGAAUUGCCUGUUCCUCCAGGUUUCCCCCCAAUCCAAGGCCUGGAAGCAGCCACACCCACACAGCAAAGCCUGGUAGGGGUUCUUGAGACUGCCAUGCGGUUGGCCAACCAGGAUGAGGAAGAAGAGGAGGCAAAAAAGCCUGGCACCCACUCCCUUCCUUCUCCACAACCCAAACCCCAGACCUCCCGGCCUUCUGUUCCAGCACCUGCCCCAUCUGGGAAAGUGGCUGCAAAAGGCUCCACCAAAGCCCAGCAGCAGCUGGCUUUCUUGGAAGGAAGGAAAAAGCAACUGUUGCAAGCAGCCCUGCGAGCCAAGCAAAAGAAUGACCUGGAAGGCGCAAAACUCUUUCUUCGCCAAGCCAAGGGAUUGGAGCCCAUGCUGGAGGCUUCAAUCAACGGGUUACCUGUGGACAUCACCAAGGUGCCCCCAGCACCUGUCAAUAAAGAGGAUUUCACACUGGCCCAGCGGCCAGGCACAGCCAUCUCUCGGGAGCAGGCUGGGCAUUACGCAGAGCUCACCAAGUUGAUAAGGCAGCAGCAUGAGAUGUGCCUGAAGUACUCCAACCAGUUCACCCAUCUGGGAAAUGUUAUGGAAACCAGCAAGUUUGAGAAAAUGGCUGAGGACUGCAAGAAGAGCAUGGAGAUCCUGAAGCAAGCCCACAGCCGAGGCUUCCCACUUCCCAAGUUCCAUUAUGAGCAGAGGACCUUCAGUGUGGUCAAGAUCUUCCCAGAGCUCAGCAGUAGUGACAUGGUUCUGUUCAUAGUGAAGGGCAUCAAUCUUCCCACACCGCCAGGAGUAUCCCCCAAUGACCUGGAUGCCUUCGUGCGAUUUGACUUCCCCUAUCCCAAUGCAGAAGAAGCUCAGAAAGACAAAACCAACGUGAUAAAGAAUACAGACUCCCCGGAGUUCAAGGAACAGUUCAAGCUUUUCAUCCAGCGGGGACACCGGGGCUUCAAGCGGGCCAUCCAGAGCAAAGGAAUUAAGUUUGAAGUGGUACACAAGGGGGGACUCUUCAAGCCUGAUCGUACCCUGGGUACAGCCCAACUCAAGCUGGAGGCCUUGGAGUCAGCCUGUGAGAUCCGAGAAAUCCUGGAGAUCCUGGAUGGCCGUCGCCCCACAGGAGGACGACUUGAGGUGAUGGUCCGCCUGCGGGAACCUCUGACUUCCCAGCAACUAGACACUGUCACAGAGAAAUGGCUGGUCAUUGACCCUCUGUCCCCGGCCACAGUGCCCAAGGCAAAGGCCCCACCCAUCCCUGCCCCUGGACGGGAUCAAGGGGGCAGCAGACCAACCCGCAACUUACAGAGCUUCAGUGUCAUGGCCUUUGACCGGGAACGGCUAGAGAGGAAGAUCAUGGCAUACAAGCAGGCCCGGCGGGCAGUGCCUGGGGAGUUGGCCCAGCAGUACCAGGACCUUGUGCAGCACAGCCAGUGGCAGAGAGCACAGCUGGAACAGGGAGGCCCGGCCAUCAGGAGAGAGUACCACGCUCAGCUAGAACGAUACCUGCAGUGCUACACCGAGGCUGCCCGACGCCUGGGCAGUGAUGGCAACAGGGACGCAGCUAAGGAAGCUCUGUACAAACGGAACCUGGUGGAGAGAGAGCUGCAGCAGCUUCGGAGGUGAUGGUUUCAUCAGGACUAUCCCAGGGCACUGGGCUUCUCCCAAUCCAGGGAACAAAGGCAGCUGACUCUGGGAGCAGGUGGAGGGGCCCAGAGUGCUAGGAAGGAGGUGACGGGAGAGGGGUGAGCACCAGAGCGCCCCGGGCUCCCUCUGGGCUCUCCAGCCUACCCUGAUGACUGCUGAAGACCAAAUCUUCUGACAAUCACUUGACAAUCACUGGGAGGGAAGGGAUGUCUCUGGCCUGGCCCACUCUGAGGGAAAGGAGAGUAGAGUGGCGCCUGUUUCAAGUUGGAGUUUGGUGUCUUUCUCUCCCUUUGCUGGUGGAAUUGUGGAAACAGGAAAGUUUAAGUUACCGUGAAGGCAUCUGUACACACUGUGCCACACAGAGCUCCCCAUUGGAAAGCCAGGCCAGCUGGCAGAGGCUCUGGGCUCCCAAGCCCACAGACUGGCUCAUGCCUGGGGCAGCGUUUCCCUUCUCCCAGGCCCCCAUUGUCCCCUUCACAGAAUGUGGUUUGCACAGUCGAGCAGGCUUGAGGUCCUGGGGACUGGGUUCCGGCUGCCCCCCCCCCCUCCUUCCCAGAUUCCCAAGCACUUUAUUUUCUCAUCUGCCAGUCUGAGGCUCCUGGGAAACCUAAGGGUACCAGCCUCAGAAGCCUUAACUGGCCAGCAUCCACCCCAAAGAACACUCCUGCCUGGGCAUGAAACCUGUGGGACCCAGCUCCCUGACCCUCAGCCCACCUGGCCAGCUGCAGGAGGCGCAGAAGCAUGACCCUCCUGGGCUGGGCAGACCUCCCAUUGCCUCCGAAUGAGGACAGGUCUUCAAACCUGGCAGGGGGAAGGGCAGGUUGGGAUUGGGGGGAGCAAGCACAUACAAUAAAGAGCAAGGGUUGCACACAG